ACAAUAUUUUUAUUUCCUACUUCGACUGAUCAAUGUCUCCCUUUCUUCUGCUUUUUCUUCACUGUGACGUUAAAGAUCUAUUGUGGAAUUGACCCCCCAAACCUCGAAAAGUGCUCACUACCCUUAAGGUAGUUUAGCAUUUUCCGGGAUUUCUCUUUGUUUAUUUAGACAUUAAUAUUGCAAUUCAAAUGGUCUGUACCAUUUCCACCAUGUUUUGUAGCCACAAAGGACAUUAUACAAGAUUUCUGCCUCUUCAAGCUGGUAUCUCUCCCAGUUUUACAAUUGUUUUGAGGCGGAAAUUGUACAGGUAACGGCCAGUAUAAAAGCCUAUUAUUUUCUUUUAUUAUUGCCUACUGAGAGAGAGGUAGAUUUUUGUUUUCGAGGAACUUUGAUUGUUUUGCAUCUGGAAAAUUCAUCCAGUGUGUGUUCUUUUCCCUCCAUCCCUUUGAGUCAGUUCCACUUUUAGCAUGCCAAUUUACGACUUUGAUCCAAAAGGUGUAAGAGCUGCUCUUGCUAGUUUGCCAGCAGUUCGUUACAUUCAAUAUCCAUGCAUUCUGGUACCAACAUCAGGGUCAUAAGAUGUAUUCCCUGAAGUUGGAGGUAUCUUAGGCAUUCCCAGACUAGCUUUGAAUUGGGGGUGGAAGAGCCUAAGGAUUUCAUUUUCUGCUUGGCUGUUUAUUUUAGAUUUUAUCGACAUUAUUUAGCCUUUUAUAAACAUAUCCAAAUCCUACCAUACUUGAAUGGUCCUUGGCCUCCUACUUUUCCUCCUGAUUCAUUUUGAUCUGCAUUAAUUCGGUGAAUUUUAUAUUGUGUUCUUCCAUAGCUAUUGUAUCAUACAUAGACCUAGAUGAUUUAGCUGCAGUUCAAUGCUUCUUAGACCACAGAGAAAUGCAUUUUUUAAAAUUUAUUAUUACAGGGUUCAAUGUGUAUUUAAAUAAUAAUACGAAUCUGAACUGUUAGUUUGAUUUGAGAGAAAAAUUAACAUUUUAUCAAAAAUAACGUAACUAAAUGAAUACUGAAGCAAACAGUGCUAAAAGUGGGUGCAUCUAUUAAAUCAUAUGAUUCUUUUUGCAGCAUCCAACCAAAAUUAACACUUUCAUUUUACUUGACACAAAUAAACAAAAUCACAUAAUUUCUUUCACCAUUAACAUAUAGAUUGGUUAAUUCAGAUUGGGACAUUAAGAAUAAUCCAGAUUUAGUACAAUCAAAUGAUUAAUAAGUUUGAUUUAAACAAAAGGAGAUGUUUUAACCACCUGUAACAAACACAUUUCAAAAUACAAAACCAGUUAAACAUAACACAGUGCAGAUGUAACUAAGAAAAGGAAGAUACCUUUGAAAUACGUGAACUUGGUGUCAUAAAUCAAUCAUUGAACUAUUGUCAAGAUAAAGAAGAUUUAAAACAAUGAGUGAGUGGCGCAGUGAACUCAAAACAUGGGAAGACAAAAUCAAUUAUGUUUUUAAGAACAAACUCUUUACCGAUGUGUCAUUGAUUGCAAGCAAAAAUGGAUCUACUGAGGUCUUUCCCGCUCAUCAAUUUGUCCUGGUCCUGGCAAGUGAUUACUUUGAGAGCAACCUUAAAAAAAAAGGGAAGACUGGUUUUGAAAUAAAUUUGAAUGGUACAGAUCCACAAGCUUGUAAACUAUUACUAAACUACAUCUAUUGCAAUGAAGUGACUUUAAGUUCAUUGAAAGAUUGCAUAAAUAUGUAUGAAAUAGCUGAUAAGUUUUCUUUAACUGAUCUUAAGGAAAUUUGUUUGGACUACAUAGAGGAUAAUAUCAACAUAUCUACAUGCUGUACGAUUAAAAAAUUUGCAGAAGAUAAUGACAUGGAGUAUCUUAAUAUUCUUUGUACAAAUAAAAUCCAGACACAGACCAAAGAGAUAUUAAGCAAACCUAAUUUACCGACAUUGAAUACUGAAGCAAUUUUAAUGAUUUUGGACCAAAGCAUGUUAAAUAUUAUAGAAUAUGAUUUAUUUAAAGCUGUUAUGGCCUGGUUAGAGCUUAAAGGGGAAACAAAAGGAGAAUUGGAUGAAGAAUUAACCAACACUAUAGUUAAAAAGUUUUGUUUUCUCAACAUGUCUGCCCAGCAGUUUGCAGAAGGGCCUGGGAAGAGUAGACUGCUUACCCAAAAGCAAUUUGCUGCUGUUUUUAGCAACAUCACAGGGGAAAAGAACAGCAAACCUUACCCAACAGGUUUCUGCACAAAAAUAAGAGAUUCAUAUCAAGAACUAAGCUUUGAAACAUCUAGGUUUAAGUACCGAACGGAGCCAAUUAAAGUUGCAUCUAUAUUUUUCACUGUUGACAAGACCAUUUAUAUAAAAAAUGUCCGGCUUCUUUCACAUAUUGGUAACAACAAUGAGAAAUACAAAGAAAGAGCCACAGUGAGAAUCAUGCAGUGUGCCGGCGAGCAGUUCUGGGAUUGGAAAAAUGUAGCUGAGUAUACAAACAAUCUCGAAGUCCAAUUUUCAGACUCUUUUUAUAUCAAUUUUGAUGAAAAAGCUAUGAUUGAACAAAACACAAGGCAUUCUAUAACUCUUGAGUUCAAUGAAAGCAAUCUUUGCAGAACAGUUGAUCUUCACAAGAUAAAAGUCACUGCGAAUGAAGUGGAGUUCUCAUUUUCAAAGUACAACAACCAGCCCUCCAGUCUGCCAAUUUCAUCAAUUUGUUUUGAUCAAUAAAUCAUUUGCACAUCCAUAA